AUGAAUUCAACUAAUUUCACAUCUAUAUCGAACUCAUCUAUUAUUAAUAUUGAAUCAUGGUUUAUUCCUUUCGAUAUUCUUAAUAUUAUAUGUCUUAUUAUAGCCAUUAUAUUGACUAUAAUGUUUCUAAUUAUUAUCAUAUUUGAUAAAACUUGUCAUACAGUUCCUAUGAUGCUUGUUGCAAAUUCAUGUUUCGCUAUUCUUAUGUGUGCAAGUGAUAUACUUUGGAUAUCUAUAUUUACAUUACAACGUGAUCUUCAAUUAAAUCAAUAUCAAGAUAUAUUUUGCAUAUUUCGAGGUUAUUUAACGUAUGUUUUAUGUGCUGCAUUAAAUUAUUCAUUUUUAUUACAAGCUUUUUACCGUUAUUUAAUUGUUGUUUAUCCUGCACGUUUAUUUUGGCAACUACCACGAAAUCAAUUCAUAUUUAUUAUUAUAAAAUGGAUAUAUGUAUUUAUAUUUCCUUUACCAUUUACAUUGACUGGUGAUAUUAUCUAUAAUGUUAAUAAUCAGAUUUGUCAAAUACCUUUCCGAUUGUCUUUUACAAUGAUUUUUGUAGCAAUAUGUGUCUAUGGUAUUCCUGUUCCAUUAAUUAUAUUGAUUUAUUUGAAAUUAAUUCAAUAUGUAAGAAAAAUGAAUAAACGUGUAAUACCAGUGAAUAUUUUAUUUCGUGCUCAACGUGAAUUGCAAAUGGUUCGACGUACAAUGAUAUUAACAAUGAUUAUUGUUAUACUUGGUUUACCUUAUGCAUCAUUUAUUGUUGUAUCAUUUUUUACUUCACCACCACUAUAUCAUUUUCGAAUUGCUUAUAUUUUUGUUACUAUAUCAUUAGUUUUUGUAAUGAUUGUUUUAUUAGAAUUUACAGAACCACUUAAAGCAUCAAUAACUAAAAAACUACAUAGACAAUCAAAUAUUAUAGUACCAAAUGGAACACAAAUGAAUAGAACUAUGAAUUUUCAAUUAAAUAUUUUAUAUUGA